GCAAACAUGUUCAGCGCCUCCCAGUUAUCCAAGGCUCAGUUCCUCGAUAAAGCACGCCAGGCUCGUGAGGAGCGGCGUGAGAUGAAGGAGCGGGACCAGGCUGCUGUGCAGAUCCAGGCCCUGGUCCGGAGGUUUCUGUGCCGCUGCCGGCUGCAGCGGGAGAUCAGGAGAGAGGUGGAUAAUUUCUUGGAAGCCAAUGGCCCUGGGCCUGGCAAAAGAACAGCCCUCUCCAUCUUCAGGACUUCCCGGAAGCUGCUCUUUGUGUUCACCUUCCAAAACGACAAAGAGAGAUUUGAAAAGCUGUGUCGAUGUAUACUGAACAGUAUGGAUGCUGAGAAUGAGGCUAAGGUGUGGUAUGUGUCGCUAGCACUUUCGAAGGAGCUCACCCUCUUGUGGAUCAAGCAGGUCAAGGAUAUUCUGUGGCUUUGCUGUGAAUAUCUCAAGCAGCUCAAGCCUGACAUCUUGCAAGAUUCCAAGCUGGUGAACUUGCACCUCACAAUGUUGGUGACCUUUACAGACACCUCCACGUGGAAGAUCCUGCGGGGGAAAGGAGAAGCUUUGCGGCCGGCCAUGAACCACAUCUGCGCAAAUAUCAUGGGACAUCUCAAUCAAAAAGGCUUUUAUUCUGUGCUCCAGAUUCUGCUAACAAAUGGAUUGGCGCGAUCCAGACCUUCCCUCUCCAAAGGCACUCUGACAGCAGUGUUUUCUCUCGCCUUGCGUCCUGUGGUUGCUGCUCAGUUUUCCGACAACCUCCUGCGAUCCUUCUUGAUCCACAUCAUGUCUGUGCCUGCCAUAGUGACCCAUCUUGCCACGCUGACUCCAGAGCGCCUGGCGGUGAUCGACUCGCACGACCUCUUGCACAAAUUCCUCCUGUUCCUGAGCCAUGAGGAACAGUGCCAAGAUGUCUGUGUGUGCCUUGAAGGAAGCCACACGCUCUGCCUGCUGGGUAACCUCAUCUAUCUGAGCUCGCUGAACGACAAGGUGCUGGAGGAGGAGACUGCACGCUUUGUGAGCAUCCUCAUCCAGAUGCUCUCGUACUGCCAAAAGUACGUCUCGCAAAAGAAGUCCAACCUCACGCACUGGCACCCCGUUCUCGGCUGGUUCUCCCAGACGGUGGAUUAUGGCUUGAACGAGUCGAUGCCCCUCCUCACCAAGCAGCUGCAGCACCUCUGGGGCAUCCACCUGAUCCGCAUGCUCUUCAGUGACGUCCUCAGCAAGAAGCUCCUGGAGAACCCGGAGGCAUCUCACGCGGCAGUACCGUCCACCUCACCGCAGAACAGCCUGCCCAUGAAAAGCCUCUUUAAGCGCGCCUUCCAGAAAUCUGCAUCCGUCCGCAAUAUCCUGAAACCCGUUGGAGGCAAGAGGGUGGAUUCCGCAGAGGUGCAGAAAGUCUGCAGCGUCUGCGUCCUUUACCAGAUGGCCCUCACCACUCUGACGCAGAUCCGGUUGCAGAUACUCACUGGCCUGACAUACCUGGAUGACCUCUUGCCCAAACUAUGGGCAUUCAUCUGUGAAUUGGGGCCCCAGGGAGGCCUCAAGCUCUUCUUGGAGUGCUUGAACAACGACACGGAAGAAUCCAAGAGGCUUCUGGCUAUGCUGAUGCUCUUCUGCGACUGCUCCCGUCAUCUCAUCACGAUUCUUGACGACAUCGAAGUCUAUGAAGAGCAGGUCUCCUUCAAGCUGGAAGAGCUUGUUACCAUUUCGUCUUUCCUGAAUUCCUUUGUGUUUAAGAUGAUCUGGGAUGGGAUUGUGGAGAACGCCAAAGGAGAGACGCUGGAGCUGUUCCACUCCGUUCACGGCUGGCUGAUGGUCUUGUACGAGAGGGACUGCCGCCGGCGUUUUGCUCCGCAGGACCACUGGCUGCGCAAGGACCUCAAACCAAGCUUGCUCUUCCAGGAACUUGAUAAAGACCGGAAACGAGCCCAGCUGGUUCUGCAGUACAUCCCUCACGUCAUCCCCCACAAAAAUAGGGUGCUGCUCUUCCGGAACAUGGUGACCAAAGAGAAGGAGAAGCUCGGGCUGGUGGAGACCAGCUCUGCCUCGCCGCACGUCACUCACAUCACCAUCCGCCGGUCGCGCAUGCUAGAGGAUGGGUACGAACAGCUGCGGCAGCUCUCUCAGAAUGCCAUGAAGGGGGUCAUCCGGGUGAAGUUUGUGAACGAUCUGGGGGUGGAUGAGGCCGGCAUUGACCAAGACGGCGUCUUCAAGGAGUUUCUCGAGGAGAUCAUCAAGAAGGUGUUUGACCCUGCUCUCAACCUUUUUAAGACCACCAGUGGCGAUGAGAGGCUGUACCCCUCCCCAACAUCCUACAUCCACGAGAACUACCUCCAGCUCUUUGAGUUUGUCGGGAAGAUGCUUGGGAAAGCUGUUUACGAGGGGAUCGUUGUGGACGUCCCUUUUGCAUCUUUCUUCCUGAGCCAGCUGCUCGGCCACCACCACAGCAUCUUUUACAGUUCGGUGGAUGAACUUCCCUCGCUGGACUCCGAGUUCUAUAAAAACCUCACCUCCAUCAAGCGUUACGAUGGAGACACCAGCGAUUUGGGUCUGACACUCUCCUAUGAUGAAGACGUGAUGGGCCAGCUUGUUUGCCAUGAACUUGUUCCUGGAGGGAAAACCAUGCCCGUUACCAAUGAAAACAAGAUCAGCUACAUCCACCUCAUGGCCCACUUCCGGAUGCACACCCAGAUCAAAAACCAAAUGGCAGCUUUCAUUAGUGGUUUCCGCUCCAUCAUCAAGCCGGAAUGGAUUCGCAUGUUCUCUGCGCCGGAGCUUCAGCGUCUGAUAUCCGGUGACAAUGCCGAGAUGGACCUGGAAGACCUGAAGAAACACACGGUGUACUACGGGGGCUUCCACGGCAGCCACAGAGUCAUCAUUUGGCUGUGGGACAUCCUCGCCAAUGACUUCAGCCCCGAUGAAAGAGCCAUGUUUCUCAAGUUUGUCACCAGCUGCUCCCGGCCGCCACUCUUGGGCUUCGCCUACCUCAAGCCUCCCUUCUCCAUCCGUUGCGUGGAGGUCUCGGAUGACCAGGACACGGGGGACACCCUAGGCAGCGUCCUGCGGGGCUUCUUCACCAUCCGGAAGAAGGAGCCGGGCGGGCGCCUGCCCACCUCCUCGACCUGCUUCAACCUCCUCAAGCUGCCCAACUACAGCAAGAAGAGUGUCUUGCGGGAGAAGCUGCGCUACGCCAUCAGCAUGAAUACCGGCUUCGAGCUCUCGUAGCUGUCAGGAUCUUUCCAGAGCCGCUGGCAGG